UUCACGGUUUAGAUCUGAAAGAACAAUAUUGUCGAUCUUUUAGGGCAUAUAAAGAGCAUCCUGAGGCGCAGCCUCUCAGUACGAUUCUGUUUUCGGCCGGAGUUCUGCACCACCCGUUUUGAUCAUCUGAAACUUAGUUGAAAACUGGACGAUGUUUAUGAUGCAAUGGAAAACUGCCUUAGUAGGGACAUUGGUAUUAAUCUUGAUUUUCGAGAAGGUUUCUGCUUUCCCAAAAUCUCAGAUUCUAUGGUUUGACGUCGGACCACAAAUUCGUAACUGCCGAGAUGUACAAAGGCAAGGCAACACCACUAGUGGAAUCUAUAUGAUUUUCCCAUACAAAUGUUGUCCUGAUGUCCCUCUUCAGGUCUUCUGUGACAUGGAGACAGAUGGUGGUGGAUGGACUGUCAUUCAACGUCGGGAUGACAUUGAACCCAGAGAGGACUUCUAUCGUACCUGGAUGGAAUAUGCCCUUGGCUUUGGUAACCUGAAGGGAGAAUUCUGGUUAGGAAAUGACAACAUCCACGCCUUAACGGAUCAGACACUGAAUGAAAUAAGAUUUGAUUUAAUUGACUUUGAGAAUAAUAGAAGAUGGGCCAAUUACAAGUUUUUCUAUGUCCACGACCGAAGUUCGUCAUACAAACUUGAGGUUGUGGAAUAUAGUGGAGAUGCUGGGGAUUCCUUUGCAAGCCACAGUGGAAUGAAUUUUUCGGCCAAAGACAUCGAUAACGAUACAUAUCCUACAGACAGUUGUUCAGUUAUGUUCAAAGGGGCCUGGUGGUACAAGGGAUGCCAUUCAUCAAACCUUAAUGGGAAGUACCUCUCUGGAAACCACACAUCUUAUGCCGAUGGGGUAAACUGGUCCGGAUGGCUUGGUCAAUAUUACUCCCUUAAGAAGACAGCGAUGAAAAUUAGACCUGUUUAUUAGGAAGAACACUGCAUGAAGAUGAGCCUACAUUAAUAGUACUCUUUUCACUUUACUAACAGUAGUGGAUAAAUAGCUUCUAGCAGACAGUUACACUGACAGAAUAAUAGAAUAGCAAAAGUUUCUCUUAGAAGACUAAAACUUAAAAGAUAAUGUUAUUCAUCAUUUUCCAAAAUCUGGAAAAAAAUAUUAUUGCUACUAAUAAAUACUUCAUAUUGUGAAAAUAUUAUGGUACACAAGAAACAUUCUUUAAAUAAAGAGAAGAGGAAUUA